GUCAUUUUACCCGAUCAGAGUCGAAAGUCUACAGCCGUUGAAAUUCGUCAGCAUGGAUGUACCCGGAUAUGCGAUGAUUACUGGGGCCGCGUCUGGCAUUGGUCGGGCUUGUGCAGUGGCAUUUGCAGACGAAGGCGCGGCGGGCUUAGCUCUACUGGAUCUGAGUUAUGAGGCGCUGUGUGGUGUGAAGGCGGAGAUUGAGUCUCAUCGUGCGUCCAAGGUUGACCCGAAGAAUCUUAGAAUCUUCGUGGUGGAUGUUACAGAUGAAGAUCAAGUCAACAGCACAGUGUUGGCAGUGGCGAAAGAUUUCGGACGGAUCGACUAUCUGGUCAAUGCGGCAGGAAUUGCCAUGAAGCAUGCCGGAGGCGCAGCCUUCGUUGAUACAAAUGACUGGAAACGAAUAAUUGACGUGAAUCUCCACGGAUCCUUCUACAUGCUGAGAGCAGCUUGCAAAGUCAUGUUGAACCAAGAGCCGAUCACCUCAACGAUUGAUGGGAGGCCGCUCUCGCGCGGCUCUAUUGUUAAUUUCAGCUCCAUCCAGGGCGUCGUGGGUCUGCCCAUGUCGACUGCAUACACGACGUCUAAACACGGAAUCUUGGGGCUCACGCGGACUGCGUCCGAGGAUUAUGCCAAGGAUGGUAUCCGAAUCAAUGCCAUCUGCCCGGGAUACACGGAAACACCUUUAACGAUGCAGCCCGAUGUUUUAAAAGUUAUGCGAGAAAAGGUUGCAACCAGUGUACCGAUACAACGAAUGGCUAAGGGAAAAGAGAUUGCGGACGGGGUUCUUUAUCUUGCCGGUGGUCGCAGUUCUUUUGUCACGGGGACACCUCUUUUCGUGGACGGAGGAUAUACACAGCAAUAGCGGUGGCAGACCAGUGAACCUCC